UGUUCGACCGAGUCCAAAGUUACAGGUAUAAAAAUGCCAAAUCCAAACACCAUAUUAACUACUGUUAAUGUUACAAUGCGGGGAAACCUUCUCGGAACCACUGACAAGCGGCCGAAACCCCUCUCUCCAACGAAGGCGCCACCCAUCCUUCCGAGCGAGGUGAUCGAGGAGAUCCUGGUGAGGGUUCCGGCGAGUACCCUUGUGAAAUUGAAGAUUGUGUGCAAAUCAUGGAAUGCACUAAUCUCCAACCCCGAAUUCGCCAGAGACCACCUUCACUGGUCAAGAGCAGAUCCAAGCACCCGCCCACGACUGAUAUAUAGCUUUUCAGAUGAUCGCAAAAUCCGAUUUUCGAACCCAUCCUCCCCUCUUAACGAAGAUGGGUUCUUCGAGAUGGAUGUUGGUCUGGAUAUCUUGGGUUCCUGCAAUGGCUUGAUCUGCCUCCGCUGGAUGACCGGUUAUCUGCGGCAAUCCAUCAGAUUGUGGAAUCCCUGUACCAGAUCAGCAUCCGAUUGGUUGAAAAUUGAGUCGCAACCGGGUAACAUGUAUGGUUUUGGCUAUGAUCGUGUGCAUCAUAAUUACAAGUUUCUAUAUGGCCACAAAAUUCACACUUUCGGUUUGAAUUCUCGGACAACCAUCGUGCAAGAUCCCCCAUCUUACGACCCCAAGCCGGCGAUAGGGACCUUUGUGUAUGGCACUCUAAAUUGGGCAGCUCAGGCUCGUAGCAACUUUCUCGAAUGGGUGAUCCUUUCCUUUGACUUAGCCAACGAGAAUUUUUGCCCAUUGUCUCUGCCUGAUAUGGAUAAUAGUGACGAGCGUUAUGUUCCUGCCGUGGGUGCGUUGAGGGACAGGCUUUGUGUUUGUUUGAAGGAAAAGUAUGGUCGUUGGAUCUUCUGGGUGAUGGAGGAUUAUGGAGUCCAAGAGUCUUGGACUAAGUUCAUCACCAUCUUUAGUAAGCGGGAUCAAGAAACUCUAUCGUGUUAUUCAUUUAAAGCCAUGUACAUGACGGAAAAUGAUGACGUUCUGGCUGUUUUCUUCAGUCCGUAUAAUAAUGUAUCUUUCAAUUUAGUUAUUAUUGAAGCAAAUGAUGGCCGAAAAUCGCAACGAAAUCUUUACAUGGCAGGUCAUCAGGACUGCUAUGUUUACCAUGAAAGCUUGGUAUCGCCCUCCCAUUUAGGUCUUCCAAGUUUUCACUACUGAUUAAAUCAAGUCACUCCAUGUUUAUUGCUUAA